CAACAAUAUGGCAUUUAAUCGACAAAGUGGGAAUGAUCAAACUUUUCAUACCACUAUGCAUCCAACUAGUAGUUUGAAUCCUUCCAGUAUGCAUGCCUCCUUGUUUCAAAACAAUAUGGGUUUAUCUUGGCCACCAGCUUUGAAUCCUUCUAUGGAUCUUCAUUCUGUUACAUCACCUACUUCUCCAGAUGGUAGUUCUUUAUCUUCUUUACCUGUGGCUUCACCAAAACCUCAUGAUAAUAAAAACAACAAUGAAAAUAAUAAUACAACACCGCCUGUCGAUUUAUCCAAACCUUAUCAUUCUGAAUGGGGUGUUAUGAAAGAACAAGACUUUCAUCCUUUGACUUUGAAACAUCAACGAGAUUUGGAAAAUAUAUAUAAUACAAAUAAUCCUAUUGCUGAUUUUUACUUUUGGCAAGCUAAUCUUGGAGGAUAUUGUAUGGCGGAUAUGAUUCAAAAUAUUGUGGUAUCUUCUGAAGGUGCUUUUCCUUUAAUUCGACGCAUUGUGGAAGGUGCUCCUCAUCCUGGUCGAAGAAAGAAGAAACGAGUUCAAGCAUGAAUGGAGGAAGGAUAAAAAAUCAAGAUAGGAAAUGAACGGACUGGUACCAUUUAUUUCUUUUUAUUCUUUGUCUUUUACAUAGUAUAGAUUUUCCUCUACCAUCUUUUAUUAAUACAUACAACCUCCUUACUCUUACUCUCUCUUUUUUUUAGUGUAUCAUAUAUGAUUUUACUUUCUCCUUUCCUUUAUAUUGCAUUUAGUAGUAGUAGGUCUUAUACAUAUUUAUCUUUUCCUUUAUUUAGCCCAUUAUCUUCCCGUCCUUUUAUUUUAUUUUUAUCAUACACAAACAUAUACAAACUUUUAAAUAAUAAAAA